AUGGUUGAACCGGUGGAGUGUCCGUCCACAGCGGGGCAGAGGCUGAGCGCUCCGGACAGCUUCGGGGUGUCCACCCUGGAGCCCGGCCUCCGCCCUCCGGUGCAGCCUCCGGGACGCCUGGUGCCCAUCCGGGUUCAGCUUCUGGACGACACGCAGGAGGUCUUCCAAGUCUCGCAACGUUCGACCGGUAAAUAUCUUCUUGACCUGAUAAGUGUCCAUCUGAACCUGACUGAGGGGGACUACUUUGGGCUGGAGUACCAAGACCACCGCAAGAUGAUGGUUUGGCUGGAUUUAUUGAAGCCGACACUCAAACAGAUAAGACGACCCAAAAACACCAUCCUUCGCUUCGUGGUCAAGUUCUUCCCUCCUGACCACACGCAACUCUUGGAGGAACUCACACGGUAUUUGUUCGCACUGCAGGUUAAACGUGAUCUGGCGUGUGGUCAUCUGGUCUGCAACGACACCAGUUCGGCCCUCAUGGUUUCUCAUAUCAUUCAAUGUAAGUAG